AGGCGUGCCUACUUCAAGUCACUUUUGACUUGCAGUAGGCACGCCACCAUGGAAGCUUAUGCACUUGGAGGGGUGACAAAAGCAUAUUACUAGAAUGCUAAACAAUGCCUGGUGCCCCAUUGUAGAGCUACCCUUCAUAAAUGUUUCUGGUGUAGACUUUGUAAAAUUCACAACACCAACACUAGUCAAAUGCGGUGCUGGGUAUAUAUCACUGAAAUCUAUUUAUAGAUUAGAAAUUCUGGAAAGACGAUGAAUUUCCUACAGCAAAAGCAACACACCCUCUCCAUUAGUAAUGGCGCCGCUUACAUUAUAAGUUGGUCGCCAUUUCGAUCCAUAAUGAAAAAUUACUCAGAGAUAAUAGCUCAUCACACAAAAAUGUUUGCGAUAUGUAUCUAUAGUAUUAAUAAUUAUCGCUCAUUUCUAUGGAUACGUAAUGGGGAGCUACAUACAGGCCCGGACUGGCAAUUGGCCUGUUCGGGCAUUUUCCCGACGGGCCGCUCUUUAUUUAGUGUCAGUGGGCUGCUGCUCCUGAUUGAUCCAGCGGGCUCUAGGACCGCUCCUCCAUCCUUUUUCACACUGUGGCUCUGCCCCUCCCACUCCUCUCUGCUGGACGCUGCUGCCUCUGCCGGCUGUUUGUAUGUCCCAGCACUCUCAGCAUGAGCAUGGAAGCCGGAUGAAUAGGAGAUACUGCAGCUGCUGCCCUGCCUGCCUGUGCUGAGCCUGCACAUAAUGCUCCCUGCCUGUGAACACACCACAUCAGUUACAGUAACAUCAGGUUGGUGUGGAUUUCUGUAGAGCAGGCAAAAUCACUAUGGGGUAGGAAGAGUCAACUGUGCUGAAAGUAUCAGGCUUGCGUAACUCUCCACACCCUUUAUAGUGAUGAUACAGAACUGGGAAAUAUGGAAAUUAACAUUGGAGAGCAACUUAACAAGGCCUAUGAAGCGUACCGUCAGGCAUGCAUGGACAAAGAGCAGGCUGUGAAGCAAAUGCAACAGAAGCUAGAUGCUUGUGAACAGCAACUUCGUGACCAAAGUAAACAGAUAGCUGGUCUUAAAAAUUGCAUCACUGUGCUGACAUCACAGCCCUCCACUGCUAGUAACCCAGGGAAAGGUGGUGUCCAUGCCCCGCCACAGUCUCCUAAGCCGGGGAGCACUGAGGGCUGGAGAAAUGAGGGAGCUAAUAGUUUUUCAUAUGAACAUCUCCAAGAGGAGCUGAGAGUUUCCAUGCAGAGAGAAAAACACUAUAAGGAGCAACUGGAGAAUGAAAGGUUCAAGCUGAGGAAACUAGAGGAAUCCCAGAAGGCCUUUGAGUCAUUUGUGCAUAACAAAAACGGGGAGAUCAAGACUCUAAAAAUUCUCUUAAAACAAGCCAUCGAAAGGCAUAAAUCAGAAGAUAACAAGCUACAGCCUGCCCUUGAGGGAGAGGUGAAAAGUAAAACAUUACAAGAUUCCACAGGAGCUGUCUCUGCCCUUGACUGUUCCAGGCAAGGCAUUGAACAAAUUUUCUCAGAAAUGAAAGAGGAAUUCAGUCACAUUUGCAGGUUAACAAGAAAACAAAGCCUGCACCUCAAUACAUUUCUGUUGAAGAAGGAGAAUUCCUCUGAAAUUCCUCUUCAAUGUUCCAUGCCUAUUCAGUGCACAGAUGAACAAAACGAAGAAGAACAAGACAUUGCAUCCAGUGUUAAAAGUGAUAAAUCGUCUUUUGGAUCUAUAACACCUCGUGGACUGGGAGCAGACGAUGAGAGCAUUUUUGUAGAAUCCCUCUCAGAAUUCAGUGUCAAAUUCCCACCAAACGAUGAUGACUCUGAAUUCUUACAAAGCAACCCUGAAAAAUUACAUAUUCCUGUUUUAACUCAACACCCUAAUCAGUUGCAUACUCAAGCACCAAUUCUUAUCAACAACUUAAGUACAAAGCAGCCCAACACAACAGAUACUCACCACUUAACAGGGGGCUCUUGUAACCUGGAAACCGUAAAUCAUGCCGAUUUGGGGAAUAACUACCGGGGCAGCAAUUUGCAAACUGCAGAGGACAGUGACCUUCUUCAGGCUGUCAGCAGCCCAGUGAGAAAAUACACAAACACUUUCUAUAGUCCUGAAAUCCAGGAUGCUCCUGAAUCAGCAGAAACACCAGGAAGGACAGUUAGAGGACCACAUCAGGAUGUUUGGAAGCCCGUUAUGCAUCAAGAAAAGGAUCUUCCAGCUCCAGGUUACAGAAAAUGGGAUCAGAACAGCUCUGACGUGUGUGAGUUCUGUAAAGCUGUUUUUCCAACUGCAAGGAGAUCUCAUGAAGACUUUUUUAGGCAUCUUAAUUCACACUUCAACGAUGGACAACCGAGAACGAACUUCCUGGAGUAACAGUGCUGAAACAUUGAACUGACCAUCUCCUUGCACCAUGCUAUUUUUUUUUUAUAAUUACCAUUAAGAAUCAAGAAUACUGUGGGGCAUUUAAGUAUUGUAUAUUAUAGAUUGUAUUAUAUUUGUUUAUUUUUCUCUAAUAGCUUCCAAUUUUUUGAAAUAUUAAAUAUCUCUAGGUAGACACCUUAAAUAGAAAUAAAUGUCAGCAUAUUUGAGCUAUUUAAAAGUUUUAUUCCAUAACCAAAAAACAUUGUUCAUGAUUAGAGAGAGGUUUGUGUCUUUACAUGUUCCCAUAUAUACAACUAACUACAUCCACUCAUGAUUGGGUUAGUAUGUAUACAUUUGUAUGAUAGAAACAUAAUAAUCUGCAUAAUUAAGAUGAACAAACUGAAAUAUCAUCAUCAUUUAUUUAUAUAGCGCUGUCAAGAUACGAAGUGCUUUGUAUUCAAAAGGUAAUUCAAGCAACCAGAUUGGAAGAAGGAAACGCUAAAUCGGCAUGCAGCCAAUCAGAACAUUAGAAUGGACAAAAAAAACAAUAGCUACAUAAAGUAGAAACAGAAUCAAAAUCUUUGUUGCACCUGAAAUGUAUUUUUUUUAAUUUCCACGUUUGCCUUUCUUUUGAGAAUUAAAAAAAAACAAAUGAAAUUGCUUAACACAAGUAUAGUGAUAUAAAUAUAUAGUAAAUAAAUUCCCUUUACCAACUAUUAACUGUUUAGGCUCUUAAAUAUAUUGCAAGAACAUAUUAUUUCAAGGACAAACUGUAUAGGUAUUUAUAUAAAAGCAUCAUUGAAAAAAUUAAAAGAAUUUCUAAAGUUUAAACAUUAACAUGUAAAGUUUUUUUUGUAUGUUUGAUAUUUAUUUUGAUGCUGCAACUAUUUUAAAAUGAUUUAUAUAGAAACCAUUUGUAUAACAGUGGAAUUGAAACCAGAUUCAAAUUUUACAAUUUACAUUUGUUUAUGUAAAACUGUAUAAAAAAAGUUGUGAAAUAAAGAACCGAAAUAGAAAAACUUUUUUUUUAUAUUUAUCUUUCCCAUGUUUAAUAAAAUGUUAUUUGCAUUAAAAUAGGGGUUUGUUUGAAACCAAGAAAAUCCUAGUUGUUUUACUUACACUAAAUAUAACUUUUGAUAUAUAUAUAUAUAUAUAUAUAUUGUACAUUUACUGUAGAUUGUAUUAAUCUUAUGUCCCAAGGAAGCAAUAAAAUACUUUUUAACUUUUUAAAAUGUUGUUUUUAUGUAAACUAUCUCUGUUCAAUGCAUUCUGUCAUAAAUUUAUAUUGAUA